UGUGCUGCUUUUGUGUAUUGUGCAAGCUAGGGAACGGCUUGAUAAAGUGAUUCUCUCCCCUUCCGUGUAUUUUGUGUUGGAUUUAGCAGACGAGAUUAUUGUUGAUGUGUAGAAUUAGAUUAUCAUUCUAUAUAAAAUCUAGAUGUAGAGAUAUAAAGAUCUAGAUCUUAAGUAUAUAGAUGUACAUAAAACGGGGGUGUUCGAUUUUUUAAAAUAUUAGCUUGAGGCUUGAUCCUUUUGAAAUCUUUUUUUAAAAAUCGUUUUCUGGACAACAUUUAGAUCUAUAGAUAUCUAACUUGUUUUUUUAUCAUUGGUGUUGUGUAGCCAAACUUCCAUAGGUAGACCUAGACAGAUCUAAAUCUACAUUACAUGUGUUAGAGUUUAAAUUGUGUUUGCUUGUGGAUUGAUUUUAUCGAUUUCUUUUUCAAAAAGAAGAUGGAGUGGGAAGAAGUGAAAAAAAGUUUGUGGCAUGCCUUUGAUGUUCUGGACACAACGUCACACUUGAAAAAAAUACGAACAGCUCAGGUCCCGAAGACAAAGCUCAGGGUACUGACCAAUAAUUUGGGCCACUUGCUGAGUGUGGAGCAAGCUGAAACCAUUUGGGACAAAGUUCCAAAGGACAAUAUUGACUUCGAUCAAUUCAUUGAUGUUUUGAACAAAAACUUGCUGGUUGGCCUUGAUAAACAUUCCGGAGCUAAGCUUGUCGGCCUUAUUUCUGAGAUAGACAAUCUGUGUUGGAUGCUGUGUGAGAAUGUGUACCGGCAGCGAAUUUUAGAUGAUACAUUGGAGAAUGGAGAAAAUCAUGUGGCUGUAAAUGGGGAAAAAAAUGUGGAUGGGGAUUAUACAAAUAUUAUAGGAAGUAAGCAGCCUCCCAGAAUUUUCUGCAGUGGUGACUGUUUCAAGCUUUGGAAGAUUUUCAACUUUUUAGUUGAAAGGGCUGAAGAUAAAAGUCUUUUGUUUCCUCUUCUCACUGAUAUUGAAGAGGCAGAACGCAUUGCCUCAGAAAUUUGUCAGACUGUGGGUCUACCACUGCCUAAAGUAAAUCCCAACCAGAGGAGAGGCUCCACAGACAUUCUUCUUCAGUCAUUUCUGAUUGACUUUUCUGACUUUGUCAAAGUCAUUGUGAAAAAAAUCACUAAAGACAACGACACCCGUGUAAUCAGCCAUGGAAUCUCAGAAGUAUACAACCAAAUUAUGUAUGACAUUGUACGCAAGGGCUACAUGGUCAAAUUUGGCAACAAAGUGACAGCCUGGAAAGAAAGAUGGUUUGUUCUUAACUCUUCAGAGCUUAAGUAUUACACAAAUGCAGAAGAGAAAGAUCUUAAAGGCUCAAUAGCUUUAUGCCAAGCUUGUUUCACUCAGAGUUUUCCUGACAAGCCUGGAGGAAGGCAUCAUCGGUUUAAACUCCAUACCCCUGGAAAACACUAUGAGUUGUCAGCUCCUGAUUUAAAAUCUAAAAACGAAUGGAUGGCAGAUAUUAAAAUUGUUGUCUCACACAUUGGUACUGGUCCAUCUAAAGACAGCUUGCAGCUGGCAGCACUCAAAGAACGAAAGAAAGAAAGGGAAGAGAGAAGAAGAAGAACAGCAGAAGAAGAAUUGAACCGUUGUGCUGAAAGAGAAAAACUUCUAGAGCGGGAAAGACAGUUGGAAGAGGAGAGAAGGCAAAGGCAGCUUGCACAAGAAGAAAUACUAGAACGUGAAAGGUUACUCGCCUUGGAGAGACAGAAGAGAGCAGAAGAAGAAGAAAGAAGAAGGAGGGAGACCAAUGAGCUCUUGGAUGAAAAGAAAAAAGAAAUAGAUGCCGAGCGUCAGAGAUGCGCUGACACAGAAGCACGGCUCCAAGCUGAAAGGGAAGCCCUGAUGCAGCAGAGUAAAGAGGAACUGGAAGCUGAGAGAGAGCAAAGAGCCCUGGUGGAGGCCAGACUUCGAGAAGAGGAAGCUCAGUUAGAAGAGGAAAGGAGGAGGUUGAAAGAGUUGGAGGAAGCCAAAGCAGCUCUUGAGGCAAUGGUUGAAAUGGAGAGAGCAUUAAAGAAAGAUGAAGAAAUUGUGAGAAAUUUACAAGCCAGAAUCCUUGAGGAAGAGUAUGCCAAACGUGAAGAGCUUGAGCGUCUGCAAGCAGAGCAGAACAAAAAGCUAAUGGAAGAGCAGUUAACUAGACAGGAGCUGGAGGCUGCUCACAGGCUGAAAGAGGAAGCGUUAAGACUUGCUAAGGAACAGCUGGAAGCCUUAACUCGUGAAAGAGAGAUGGCUGAUCAACAGCUGAGGGAUGCAGCAGAAAAGCUGAAGCAGGCGGAAAUUGACAGGCAGAAGAUUCAAGAGAGAAUGAAACUCAAGGCUAUGACUUCCUCCUCCCGUAUGGCAGGGCCUAUUAGAACCCCUGAUCCAAACCCAUUCGUUACACACAGAGGUUUAGGGGCAUUCACGGAGGCAGACUUUCAGCGGCGACAACAGUCCCAAGAAGAAGAAAACUCCAACAUGUCCUCAGCCGAGCAGAAUUUAAGCAACAGCACUCAAGCUAUCACUCUUCAGACGGAACUGUAGAGUGAUGCAUGUUAUAAUCAAAACCUGUUAAUGUUUUUUUUUUACUAAAGUAUGUGUGACGACGAAAUGGAGUCUCUGUCCUAGAACAAGAUAUCAGUAAUUUAAGGGUCUUUCAAAGUAGACUUCUUAAAAGAAAUUAUGUGAUAAUUUAUUGUUUAAGAAAUCAGCAUUUUGGUUGUAAACUUUAUAUGUAUAUAUAGGGGUAUAUAGAGUCUCUUGGUUUGGGAAGUGGUCAAUGUUAUCUACAACUAUAAAAAGGCUUCGCGUUGAGAAGUUGUAAAUUUGUAUUCAGGAUUAGUGCAACAAGAUGAAGCUCUAAUUUGUUGGAAGACUUAAAAGGAUAUUAAGUCAUUAUGCUUGCCAUUCAACACUUUUUUUAGACCAUUAAACACAGACAAAGGUGAACUACUUUCUUGCUUGAGAAACAGUAAGGUUUCAAAAGAGAAAUUACUUCUUUUUUUUAUUUAUUGGACACUGUCAAGUAUUCUUGAAUGAACAGAACGUUGUUUCACUGAAUGAAAUAAUGUUUUGUUGUUACUUGUAAAUAUUUGUAUUUUUACUUAUAGUCCUGUGAUCUUUUCCAAAACCAUUGGACUGAACAAAUAUUUGUACAAGAAAACAUUGACAUUAAACAUGAAAACAAACUCUGCACCUUUGAUCAUUUUUCUUCACAUUUUAAAAACAGUCUAGGACAGACAUGAAGUUUCCUAGUCAUUCCAAAGUUUUAUCUCCUUAUCUUAUCUUAUGGCAUUUUUUUUUUUUCAGUCUAAAUCAUAAAAAAAUAAUUUUUUUUUUUAGAUACACUUUUAAUGCCAGUACAUAUUAUUACAUUAAUGAAAGUGUAUACUGGUAGGUAAAACUAAGAUUAGGUGUGUAGGGUUGAGAAUUUGUGACAUUGUAUUUUCUCUUGUUUCUCUUGUUUUGUAAGCAGACUUAUUCCUGGCCUUGCUUGUAGUUAUUUAAAACACUUGCCAUUCAAAGCAUUAUCUACCAUAAUUAAAUGUUGUUUUUUUAUUUUAAGAUAAGAUCAUUUAUUGGUCCAAACAAAUUCAAAUUUGCCAGACUACAAUUAUCUAUCUCAGCAUUACUGCUAUAACAGUAAAUAUAUUUAUGCAAAUAACAAAAGAAAAUCCGCUGCCAAGGACAGACGCAGACGGCAAAAAGAAAAUCUAAAUCGACCACCUGCGGUCAAUGGUUAAGCUUGCCCUGGGUGUGGCAAAAUAUGUAAGUCACAGCUGGGGCUGCCCAGCCACGGGAAAUACUGCAUUCCUUACUAAUCUUCGGACUCGAAGACAAGCCUUAUUAUUUAUGCAAAUACUUACAAUAUAAAAUGCAGACACACAAUUAGCCCUUGAUGAUUAUUUAGUGGUCCUAAUUCUUUACUAGUUAAACUUGAUCUAAAGUUCCUACUUGGAUGCACAGUAAAUCUCCCCCUGCCUAAUUCAAGAUAUGGCAUAAAAUUAAUGAACAAAGUAAAUAUGAUGUAUAUUUGGCUGUCACUGUGUUUUUUCUAAGAAAAUAUUGUACCUGUUACUUUGAAGCUAGUCUGCUUGAGUUGAAUGGUGUUGCUUUGUGAAAAUGUUUUGAUUCUGUAAGGCCAAGUAAGCAUGGCCAGCUUCAUAUCUUUGGUUACUGACCUUAUAAACUAGCCUUUCUUUCUCUGAUAAAGCAUAAAACAGUUUUUAUUUUGUAAUCAAUGAUUCAAAUAUUACAGCAGCUUGUGUAAUUAGUAAAUUUCUUAAUGAUUGUUUCUAUUGUGAAAUAUUUGAAAAAUCGUAUUGCUGGUUAUUGUUAAGUUAGUCUUAAACUUAAAUUGAAUUGUAUCAUCUUGCAUUAGUUUCUUGACACACUGUUGAGAUUGUUACUUUGCAACUUUUGUCUACCGUAUCUUGUCCUUUUUUGAAUGGACAUUUGAGGGCCAUAACUCUUUGGCAGAAGUGAGGCUGAGUGGUCUCCGUAGGAUCUUGAAAAUCACAUGGAAAGAAAAAGUGUGCAAUACUGAGAUCCUUGCGCGAACAGGUAUUCCCAGCAUCUUUACAGCCCUCAGACAACGCCGCUUGCGCCGGCUUGGACAUGUUCACUGGAUGAAGGACAAUCGCAUCCCGAAAGUCAUCCUCUACAGACAACUUGCGUCUGGCUCAAGAAAAACUGGUCGCCCCCACCUCCAUUACAUAGAUGUAAUAAAACGGGACCUCAAAUCAGUGAACAUCAAUACUGAUCAUUGGGAAGACAGCACCAGAUGGAGAGAGACAGUAACCAAGAAACCUAUGGACAGUGAAAGAACAUGCGUCUCAGCUCAGGAAAAAAAAAGUACAAUACGAAAAAUGGCUAGCUCCUCUACCACCAAAGCAAAAGCCACCUUAACCUGCGAUAUUUGUGGACGGGAGUGUCUCUCCAAAAUAGGGCUCCACAGCCACAUGAGGAAGUCGUUUUACGACUGAAGGAGGCCAACUAGCUAGACCUUUAAAAGCAAUACUUCACAAUAAAAAACUAUAGAAAAUUAAAAUGUUUAUUUAUAGCCAGUAAAUGAAGGUAUAAGUGAAGUACACUUCUGACUUUCACCUCAACAUAUUGUAGUUUCAAGAAGAGAAGGAUAGCUAACAUUACUUAUCAAAACGCACAAAGACUCUUAGGUCACACAUUGUUUUAUCUGCAUACUAUUUUGAACCAUUUUUUAUAUCUUGAAAUUAAAUUUUGCUGUAAAUUUGAAAUAUAUAUGUAUAUUUUAUAAUACAUUUUUACCUUAGCAAAA